ACACACCUUGUUCGUGGUGUGUUAUUGCUGCCACUGGCGAACAAAAAACCCAUUCGCUUCCUGCACACUACACACACCCGUACUGCGGGCAUACACUUGGCUUGCCAGUAAAGGGGAGCGCUGCGGAAAAUCGAUUGUAUCGUCGUGUAGCAGGCGCAAAAGGGGGAAGAACGCGUCCAAUCCCCACGGCAUCGAAACACACGGGAAAAACGCACUCGGCUGUCCCGUAAUCGCUCCAACCUGUCCCGUAUCCUCUCCUGGCGGGUCUCUGUGUGUGUGUAUAGGUUGCGCUCCAUUGUGCGUCUUCUGGCUGGUGGUGCAACAACAAAUGCAAAGCAGGCGAAAAGUGUCAUCGAGCAGCAGCCUCGCCAGCUGCUGAAGGGAAAAAGAGGAACCAUUCUCACGUCCGAAUUUCGGCCCCUAUUGCAGUGCGUUACACAGUGUAUGGCCAUACGAAGGCCAGCAAGCUGCUGAUUUGCGUACAGCAAGGCCCUCGCCCCCAAAAACUACGCCAUUAGUGUGUUGUUUCCUGCUGCUUCGUUUUGCGUACACAUCCCAACGCGCCCAACACGGAAGCGCGCAAGGGCAGAGAGAAAACGAGGCGCAGGCAAAAACGGAUACAAAUUGCAGCAGCACAAAAACAACAACAAAGGCAAGUGGGCCCACAGCCGAAAAGAAAAGCGUGCUAAAAUCGUACGAAAAAUCAUUACCAAUACGACCCAAAAGCGCGAGAGUGAUGCGAGCAGUGAAUGUGAGCGCGAGUGUGAGCGAGAAAGCAAGCAAAGCAAAAGAACAUUCGCACGCCGUUGUUUCUAUUGAUUUCGUGCUCGGGGCAGUGCAGUAGUGGUAGUGGUGGUGGUGAGCAUACACGAAUUUGGAGCAGAAAUGUCAAGCUGGUGAGGAAAAUUUUUGCAUCGAAGCAAAAGAAGUGAAGAAACGUCUCCUGCGAUUUGCGAAGAUGCAGCAGCACAUUCCAAUUGUGCAUUGAGAGAAGCGUUUUUUUUUGUUUGCGUGGUGAAAAUAACAAGUGUACAAGUGCAAUAUUCCUACACAUAGUAAAAUAAGAAGUGUGUGUGCAGUGUGCAUGUGUGUCAGUGUGUGUGUGUGCAGUGCCUGCUAAGAUAAGUUUGUGUAGAAAGUGAUUUGAUAACAGUGUUAUCGGCGGAAGAUCGAAUUAUCCUUGCCGCGGAUACACCCCCGGCAAUAUCCCUGUGAGCGAGCGAGCGAGAGAGAAAAAGCAAAGAGUUUGCGUGUGUUUGUGUGCGUGUUUAGGGUAAAAAGCAUCGAUUAAUCAUCAGUAUCACGCAAAAAGGAGAAAAUUCUGCACGCUCCAAACAACAACAACAAAACGCACGCGUGCUGCUGUGGGUGAGAAGAGAACGGAGAAGAGAUUCCCCCCCCCCCCCCCCCGUGUGUGUGCUCCAAGUGUUGGAAGCGAACUCACACACACGCGUUGUGAAAUAGCGGCGGAGCAAAGAAGCUCCCCCGGGGAAACAGCGAGAUUUGCGAUUUUCCAGCACCAUCCAUCGAUCACCGGUGAAAAUCGUGGAGGGCUGGCGAAACGCACCGAGAAGGACGCCGGAAAGCAGCUUGGUGGUUGGUUUGUAGCGAGCAACCACCGAAAAACAGCAGCAGCAGCAUGGAAAUCGUGGGGAGUUACGAGUACAACAGCAAGGAAAUCAUUGGCCAUGGCGCGUUUGCGGUCGUUUUCAAGGGCCGCCACCGCGAGGCACACUACCCGGUGGCCAUCAAAAGCAUCACGAAGAAAAGCCUGGCCAAAUCGCAGAGCCUGCUCGGGAAGGAGAUAAAGAUCCUGCAGGAGCUGAGUGCGCUCAAGCACAAGAAUGUGGUGAAGCUGCUAGCCUGCACCGAGAAGGACCAGAACGUGUUUCUGGUCAUGGAGUACUGCAACGGUGGCGAUCUGGCGGACUAUCUGGCAGUAAAAGGAACCCUUAGCGAAGACACCAUCCGACUGUUCCUCGGUCAACUGGCAAACGCUAUGAAGGCCCUGUACCAGGCAGACGUUGUCCAUCGGGAUCUAAAGCCGCAAAAUAUACUCCUAUCACAUAACUGCGGCAAAGGAUUGCCCAUACCAUCGAAGAUUACGCUUAAGAUAGCCGACUUUGGGUUCGCCCGGUUUCUACAGGAUGGAAAUAUGGCCGCAACCCUGUGCGGCUCGCCGAUGUAUAUGGCUCCUGAAGUGAUCAUGUCACUGCAGUACGAUGCUAAAGCAGAUCUCUGGUCGCUGGGCACCAUCGUGUUUCAGUGUCUGACUGGGAAAGCACCAUUCCAAGCCCACACACCGCAGGAGCUGAAAAUGUUCUACGAAAGGAACGCCAAUCUGGCCCCAAAGAUUCCAUCCGGUACUUCCAAAGAGCUAACGGACCUGCUUAUGGGGCUGCUGCGCCGUAACGCGAAGGAGCGUAUGAACUUUGACACCUUCUUCAAUCAUCCCUUCCUGCAGCGGGCCGAAACACCGCAAGGUAAAAAUGACCCAACACCAACACCGUUCGGGGCGACGGGCAAAGUCAGCAGUCCGCAUCAGAAAACGGCACCCAUCACACUGCAGCAGCAGAACCAGCAGAAGCUGCAUCACCACCAUCACCAGCAGCCGAGCAGUCAGCAGACGGUGCAGCACCACGACCAACAGCAGCAGCACAUUAAUCAACAACUGCUGCUGCAACAGCAGCAGCAGCAGCAACAACUGCAUCAUGCCCAACAACAGAAGCAGCAAAAGCAACACCAUCUGCAUGAGCUGGCAAAGAAGCAGACGGUCGAAAACAAUAAUGUGCCGAUCGCUGAGCUUGAUGACAGUGUGGCAACGAUCAGCGCGAACCAUACAUCCAACAGCAGCCCCGAAGAGUCGGAUGAUUUUGUCCUAGUUCCGAACAAUAUUCCGGUCGAUCCCGCCCAUGGUGGUAGCUAUGACAAGAGUAAACCAACUCGAGUGCCUCAACCGAUGUCGCAGGCUCAGGCGAGUCCGCCCCGACCCAGCACGCUGCCGAUCUCAGAACCGAAACCCGUCCCAACGGCUGCCCGAAAAGUGUCCCGUGCCCAAGCGCAAACGCCUCCAAAGAACAAUUCAAUACCCCGAUCGGAGCCUAUUAAUAUGAAGCGAUCGGAAAAUCGUGGCAGCAAUUGUGAUAUCCGAUCGAUUUCACCACCGGCCGUACAGUUUGCCAUCGGGACGCCACCGUCCUGCGGUCGGCGAAGAUCGACAUCCGGUGGCUCGCUGUCGGAAACGCCACCGCCACCCAGCUGCUGGACGGUGAGCCCCGGCUCUCACCAAUCGCCAUUGCGCCGGUCCGGCACCAGCUCGCCCGUGAUGAACAAUGCACUCUCGAAGCUGCCGGCCCUCGGCAGUCCGACCACGCUGAUGGGCGGUGUGGAGAAUAACAAUCACCAUCACCACCACCACCACGGACACCCGCUGACAGCGCGGGCCUUUACGCUGCCGGAGCUGGGCGCGGCCGGAGGACUGCAGAGCUACCUGGACGAUCACACCAUCGACGAUCAUCCGAUCAAUUUCCACGCACCGGAGCUCCACGCGGAAACGUUGCUAGAUCGAGAUCAUAACGAAACGCUGGCCAAGCUGAACUUUGUCGUAGCACUGACCGACUGCAUACUGGACGUGGCCGACUCGCGCUGUGCCCCGCUGUCCUCGAUGAUGCUGGCCGAUGCGCAACCGGUUCCACCGCACCAGCCGGAACACUGCAAGCGGGCGGAACGCUUGGUGCUGCUGGUGCGAGCGCUCCAUCUCCUGUCGGCCGGUAUGAACCUGGCGUCAGCGCAGAUCCGGGCCGGCAAUCUGAAACCUUCCAACAGUGUGAAAAACGUGUUAACUACCAUGCACGCAAAGUAUCGCUCAACGCUGAUCGAAUCGAAGAAGCUAAACAGUGCCGGGCUGCUGCAGCGCGCUAACGCGAGCAAUAUAACUGCUGAUAAAAUCAUCUUUGAGUUUGCGCUGCAGAUGUGUCAAAUGGCAGCCGUGGAUGAACUUUUCAACAAACCAGCUGAAUGUUUCCCGCGGUAUCAGUCGGCCCAGAUUUUGCUGCACUGGUUGGCGCAGAAAUCGAAACAUCCGCAGGACAAGAUAUUGCUCUCGAACUACAAAGAGGCCGUGGAAAAGCGACUGUACAUCCUGAAGGGACAAGGCUACAUCUACACCACGGAUGAGCUCUCCUGAAUGCACUGCGGUGGAUGGUGUAUGACGAGCGUUCUAUCAGCGACCAUACCCUCUAUAUCUUCACGUUAAUUAAUUAAUGAUAGAGAGACGAUUUGCUUUAUUUUCUAUUUCCUUUUGGGGUUUUCUUUUUCGAAACUAUUCAAAUUGUGUUUAUCUAGUUUUCUUUGUUCAAAAGCAAACAGUGUAACGAGUGCAUAUAAUAUAAUUAUACAACGUUGCAUUCGCAAAAUAUCUUUCAGAACCAUGCAGGACAGUAGCAGAUUGUUUUUUUCCCCUUACUAAUUUACACAAACAUUUCGCGAAUAAAUAACAGCAGAUUAUAACAAAUAAUCGCAAAUAAAUGCUAUAAAAAAGGAGCAAUCAAGAGCACCUGCUCGUCGGUAGUGUACUUUUCCUCGAAAUGUAUUGUAAUGUAAAUAACAGUAAAGCAUUAAAGCGAACAAUACCGAGCAAGAGCGGAAUGCGGGAUAUAGGCAAUGAUAUUCGUUGCGAGGACAUUCGUCACACUACCCCGUACCAAAAACCAAUCGCCACCGUCGGUUAUUUCGAACGAAAGGUGAGGAGGAAAACAGCAUUACGCGUGAGUGUGUGUGUGUGGGUGCGCUAGUCAACAACAACAACCACGCAUAUGUAAAUAGGAAUGGCUUCAAUUUGAAUGAUUUCUAAAACAAACAAACAAAAAAUGCCAACAUCCACUGUACUAGAUGCCACACAACACGCUGAUCAUUCAGAACCAUUGCUUUCCAUUUGAGGCCUAGACCUAAUGGGGGAGGAAAAAGUAGACAAACAACUGCUUCAGUAACUGCGCUUAAACAUUUAACCAGCUACAGACAGAAGGUUUGCGAAAGAAAAUGCGUAUACAAAUUCAAAAGUAGCACAAGAAAUAAUACAGCAUGAAAUAAAAUCAUUACAACUCCAAAUACCCAGGAUAAGCACGGAAUGUGAAGUAAGCGGUUGGAAGCGCGUUGCAUUAGAUAAAUUCGUAUCACCACCUCGAGCAAUGUCGUGCACGAUCGAUUAAAAAUGCUUAAAGGGGAUUUUCCAGGAGUUCUCAUAGCUGUGGGACACUUUAUUGACUCUUUCUUAAGUGAAAUGAACUUGUUGUAAUGGGAAUUGAAUUCUAGCAUUCUUGUUGGACAACUCCAAUAGGAAUUUACAAUGAUCCACAAGGACCAUAGAGUCCAAUAUCCAUCAUUUGAAGUUCACUUCCUAUAGGAAAGAUUCAAGGAAGUGUCCCACAGCUAUGAGAACCACUGGAAACCCUGUAUACUGCUGUACAGAGCACUUGCUUGUAUGCAAUACGCAGCUGUUGCUUGCGUUCCUUUGCCGCUUACGCCAACAACCAGUACAGCAGUUUGAAGAUAGGUGUCGUUUGUUCAUUAUGCUCAUAUUAUACAUCAAACCAUUGAUUUAAGUGCAUCACCAUCAUCAUCAUCAUCAUGGUCAGGAGAGGUUUAUUCGCUGUGUAUUAUAGUAUAAAGUGUGAGAUGAAAGGUGAACAACCGGGAUGAGCAAAGAAAGAAGAACAACUAUGAAUCUGUUGCUGGAUUGUAUGC